AUGGAGGGUAUUCGCCCCUACAAGAUCCAUGUCCCGGAGAGCUUACUUGAGGAGACCAAAACAAAGCUGAGAUAUGCUCGAAUUGAUGAUGGUAUGAUGAGUGUGGAAUGGAAUGAUCUGGAGGUUGAACACCUGGCUUUCAAAGAAGUUGUUGAAUUCUGGCGUGAUAAGUACGACUGGCGGUCAUUCGAGGCCCACCUGAACACCUUCAAUCACUUCACAACUGAUAUCGCGGUGAAUGGAUUUGAACACUUAGAUAUAUAUUUUCUCCAUCACAGAUCGAGCAAACCAGACGCAAUCCCCCUAAUUUUUGUCCAUGGGUGGCCUGGUCCAUUUCUUGAAGCUCUCAAGAUUAUACCGCUUUUGACAGAGCCCACUGAUGGAAGGCAAGCUUUCCAUGUAGUUGCUCCAUGCCUCCCCGGAUACGGUUUCAGUGAAUACUCCAAAAAGGCUGGUUUUGGGCUUGAACAGCACGCUGAAUGUUUUGCCAGCCUUAUGGAGAAGCUUGGAUACCCGAACUACGUCUGCCAGUUCCUUCGAUUUGCGCGUGGUCAAUAUAGCGAACAGGAGCAAAAGAACCUGGAGCGAACGAAAUGGUUCGCCACUAUGGAGCGUGGCUAUCAGCGUAUCCAGGAGACAAAGCCUGUGACUCUCGGGCAAACUCAAGGCAUGGACGGACAAUUACCCUUGGACACCGGAGGAAAUCAUCCACUGGGCCUUAUCCAUUAUCAGGGAAGCCCAAGCGCGGCUAUGCAGGUUUACAAGGAAGCUGAAGCAGUUCUCAAUGGGGACUCAUCUAGCAUGCUAGCGCGAAACAUCUCACAGCCCGUCGGUGGUUCCUUGUUCCCGAAUGAGCUGUGGCUUUACCCCCAUGACUGGGUGAGUGAGGCAUGCAACAUCAAAUUUUGGCGACAACACGACGUUGCUUGGGAGCAGCCAGAGAUACUUGUCACUGAUGUGGCAGACUUCUUUGGGGAGACUGGCCCUGUCUUUGGAGCAAUUGAAUCGAAUAAUACAAAGCUAAUUUGA